ACCAGUGUAUUUGAGCGGGACAUCAUGCCACGGCCUCCCCUUCUUGUUGUUAUCAUCCAUAAAUCCAAGACCAACAAGAACCCGACCCCUUCUUCUUCUUCUUCUUCUCUGUUUCUGUUAUCUGUCUGACUCUCUCUCUCUCUCUCCCUGUGCUGUUUCCACUUUACUUCUCUUCCAUGGCUUCUUCUGCUCUUUUUUUUACCAUUUUCUCGGUGCUCUUCAUAUGUCAAACUAGCUGCAACUGCACUCCGUCGGUGGAAAGACACUCAAUUCAGCUGAGCCAGUUGGUGGGUUAUGAUGAUGCACCUGCAUCAACACCGGUGCAACCAAUUUCAUGGACAGGAAGAAGGGGGAAGGGUGAGGAUGCAAUUUUGCUUGAACUAAGAAGGCUUUGGCAAUGGGAUCAAAGAAGGCACAAGAGGAGACUGAAAUCAGAUAUAGCCCGUGUGGCCUUCUUACAGAGCCUGGUAAGCAAGCAUGAACAACAUGCCGGCAAAUCAAUCGAUACAGCCGAUGGGGCUCGUGUUCCUUUGACAUCAGGAAGGAAGUUAGACACACUCAAUUAUGUCACCAGAAUUGGAAUUGGGAGUCAGCAAAUGAGUGUGCUUGUGGACACAGGAAGUGACCUCACAUGGGUUCAGUGCUCACCUUGCACAUACUGCUACCAACAACAGGACUCACUCUACAACUCUUCCCUUUCUUCCUCCUACAUCCCAAUUGCUUGCAAUUCCUCUGCUUGUGGAUCCUUCGAGAUGUCUGCUGGUUGUGCAUCUGCUUCCACCUGUGCCUAUGAUGUAGGUUAUGGCGACGGGUCAUACACACGAGGGGAUCUGGUACGCGACACGCUGAUGAUUGGCACUGACACGAUUGGUGGCUUUCUAUUUGGAUGUGGACACAACAAUCGAGGAUUAUUUGGUGGAGCAGCUGGAUUGCUAGGCCUUGGGAGGAGCCCCCCUUCUUUGAUCUCUCAGACAUUUGCUAAGUACAAUGGUGUUUUUUCCUACUGUCUGCCAUCUGCCCAUGAAACUUCAGGUUCCCUGAUUCUAGGGAAUUCUUCCUUUACAUUUGCUUAUAACACAACCCCUUUUGUUUAUACCUCCAUGUUUCAGCAUCCCCAAGUCCCUACAUUUUAUCUUCUUCAUUUAAUUGGAAUUACUGUUGGUGGGGUUUAUAUAAAUGCUUCUUCACCUUCUCCUGCUGAUGUUUCAAGCAGCGGCAGGACUUUGAUUGAUUCUGGGACAGUGAUAACCAGACUAGGCCCUUCCCUGUACAAGUCAGUAAAGGAUGAGUUUGUGAAGCAAGCAGCUGAGUUCCCUUCUGCACCUAGCUUUUCCAUUUUAGAUACGUGUUUCAACUUGAGUGGCUUCACCGAAGUGAGCAUUCCAACACUGCAAUUCCAUUUCAGCAAUGGUGGUGGCAUUGUGGGUAGUGAUGUUCAGGUUAACGUUGAUGCCUCGGGGAUUAUGUAUGUAGUAAAGAAGGAUGCUUCACAAGUGUGCAUGGCAUUGGCGAGCUUGCGGAGAGAGGAUGAGUUUGCAAUUAUGGGAAAUUAUCAACAGCAGAACUUGAGGAUUAUCUAUGAUGUAAAGGAGUCAAAGGUGGGAUUUGCUCCUGAGGUCUGUAGGUAGACUGAAGCUAAUAACUUUUAGCUUCUUUCUUAUCAUGAUAUAUGCUUUUUCUGGUGGUAUAAUUUCAACCAUAUCAUCAGCUUUCUGCCCCAUAAGCUGUGGAGUUUGUUUACUGAAAAUCAGAAAGCAAUGUGACAUUCUAAUACUAUUGGUACCUUUAUGUAUAUGCAGCAGAUGUAUGACAGUGCAAAUUUGCAUGUAUGUGGCUGUCAAGUAUUGCAUGCUUUAGCUAAAGAAACGAGACUCGAAAGUGACAUUGG